AUGACUUCCUUCUUUGGAAAGCUCAAGAGCCAGAAUGCGUCUGCCCCGGCAGUAGGCGCAUCUCCCGCCAGAAAGGACGCAAAUGCGCCUCUACCUACCCCUCUCGAGCGCAUGCUUGCGAAUGCUGGUCCGCUUCGCAACGAUGGCAGCGAUAAGUUCUUUGGCAUGGAAAACUUCGGAAACAGCUGCUACUGCAACUCGAUCUUGCAGUGCCUCUAUUAUUCUGUCCCUUUCCGAGAACACGUCCUUUCGUACCCGCGCCGGUCCAACCCCGACUCUGUCACCCACGCCCAAUUGCACGCUCCUCCUCGGGUACCACCGAAUCAACAAAAUGGGGCUGCGAAGAAGCCACCACCAGGACCUGCAUCCGCGCGAAAUGCAGGGACUCCCCCUCAACAACAGAAGCCAGAGGAUAAAGACUCGCCGGAGUACAAGAAGAAACAGGCGAUUUUGUCGGGCCCCAUCCUGAACAUGACUUACGAUAACUCGCAGGACUAUGACAUGCCGGAAAGCCUAUUCACAUCGCUAAAGGAUAUAUUCGAGGCCAUCGUCCUGCACCAGUCAAGGAUGGGGGUGGUGAGCGGGCACAGAUUUCUUGAAGUUCUUCGCAAGGAGAAUGAGAUGUUCAGGUCUGCCAUGCACCAGGAUGCACACGAGUUUCUCAACCUCCUCCUCAACACCGUGGUGGAAAACAUCGAAGAUCACGACAGGAAAUUGAUUGCACAGAAAAAGGUGGCGGAGCCUCCCCCGGCGAUAGAAGAACCCGCCGACAUGUCAAGAACCGAAUCAGCGACGGUAUCAUUUCCCUCCAUAUUACCAGUUCCGACCGCGAAUUCUCCAACAAAAUGGCUUCAUGGCCUUUUUGAGGGCACACUCACUUCUGAAACAAGGUGCUUGACUUGCGAAAACGUUUCUCAGCGCGACGAACCUUUUCUAGAUCUUUCGGUCGAUUUGGAACAGCAUUCAUCCGUCACUGCAUGUUUGCGUCGAUUUUCUGAAGAGGAGAUGCUGUGCGAGCGAAACAAGUUCCACUGCGACAACUGCGGUGGCCUUCAGGAAGCCGAGAAGCGAAUGAAGAUCAAGCGACUUCCACGAAUAUUGGCCUUGCACCUUAAGCGUUUUAAGUAUACCGAGGAUUUUGGGCGUUUGCAGAAGUUAUUCCACAAGGUCGUGUAUCCUUAUCAUUUAAGACUCUUCAACACUACGGACGAUGCCGAGGAUCCCGACCGACUUUAUGAGCUCUAUGCGGUGGUGGUUCAUAUCGGUGGAGGGCCGUAUCAUGGCCACUACGUCGCCGUCAUCAAGACGCAGGAUCGGGGUUGGCUGCUUUUUGACGACGAGAUGGUGGAACCUGUCGACAAGAACUUUGUCCGCAACUUCUUCGGAGAUAAGCCGGGACUUGCGUGCGCCUAUGUGCUGUUUUAUCAAGAGACCACCCUGGAAGCCGUCCAAAAGGAACAGAGGAUGGAAGGAAAGAGACGAGCUUCACAGGAUCUGACCAAUCCCUUGGGCGUCGAUGCCAAACGCUCAGCAGAGUUGCAUCGUGUCGAAACCUUCAGCCCGAUGGGCUCUCCGGUGUCCCCCGCUGAAUCCGCACAAUACGCUGUGCUCGAUCAUGCUGUGACUGCGCCACCUCAAUUCAAGACCAACGGGCAUGUCGAAACUCCUCAAUCCCCUCCUCUCUCUGCCGCGAGACCAACAAGUCCCGUUGUGCAGAGCAAAAAGGAAAAGGCGAAAGAAGAGAAGGCACGGAAAGCGGCCGAGAAACAGGCGGAGAAGGAGAGACAAGAAGCUGAACGACAACGCCGCAAAGACUUGGCCAACAAAAUCACGGAAGCGCACAAGAGACAAGAAGCGGAACUUAAGGCGGCAAUGGAGGCAAGUAAGGCUACAAAGGCCGAGGAAGAUAAGCGAAAUGCUCUCGAAAGAGCGCACACCACGCAAGCAAACGGAAGUAGUCAUUCGGGUCUGGAUCGAUUCAAACGAACGAAGAGUCUACGGUUUGGAUCCUUAACCAAAAGAGAUAAGCCGCCAUCAAAUCCGUCCGAGGAGAAUAUGGUUCCGACCGUGACACCAGAGAGUGCGGAGCCUCCAGAGAAAGACAAGGAGAAAGACAAAAGAAAUCGUUUUAGCAUUCGAAAGAAGUCGUUCGGCGUGUUGUCAUGA